CCGUUUUCCCUCAAAUCCUGGAACAUUCCUCAGGGGUUCUUGCUUCAACAGUGCUUGAACGGAACUUCUCUUUAGACUUUAAUUUCGAAAUUCCUAACUCCGAGACUUUGUCUUUGUGUAAAUUUCUAUUUUUUUACGUUUUUUUUAAUAAGAAAACCGAUAAAACCAGCUGAAAAUGGAGACUUCUCAGAUCCGUCAGAACUACCACCGCGACAGCGAGGCCGCCAUUAACAAGAUGAUAAACAUGGAGCUUUACGCCUCCUACACCUACACCUCCAUGGCUUAUUACUUUACUCGCGAUGACGUCGCGCUCGAGGGCUUCGCGCAUUUCUUCAAAGAGAACGCGCACGAGGAGCGCGAGCACGCCGAGAAGUUCAUGUCGCUCCAGAACAAGAGAGGCGGCCGCAUUUUCCUCCAGGACGUCAAGAAACCGGAGCGUGAUGAGUGGGGCAGUGGACUGGAGGCCAUGCAAUGUGCUCUGCAGUUGGAGAAGUCUGUGAACCAGGCUCUGCUGGACCUGCACAAGCUUGCCUCUGAUAAAGUAGAUCCUCAUCUGUGUGACUUCCUGGAGACUCACUACCUGAACGAGCAGGUAGAGGCCAUCAAGAAACUGGGUGACCACAUCACCAACCUCACCAAGAUGGAUGCUGGCAACAACCGCAUGGCCGAGUACCUGUUUGAUAAACACACCCUGGGUGGAAAGAGUUAAAUUACCUCUCACGCAGACUGUCUGAUUUCAGAUUCUGAUUUGUGUUCAUGCAGAAUUAAGCUUUAAGGCCCUUCCCUGUAACUUCAUUGCAUGCUUUAAGUCUUAAUCCUGACUGAUUCUGCUGAAUAAACAUUUUGAGCCACA